CGGGGCUGUGCUGCGCCUGUCGCAACUCAACACUUUCCCCAAAUUUAAGCACCCUUGUGAUUAUCGUUUCCUCCAUGCCUUCUCAUUCCUGGAUACACCGAUCCCUCCGCUUUUAUUUAGGCUAGUUUAUUUGUUUGUUUUAUUUGUAGGGUUUAUUUAUUUUUAGUUUUUUUCAUGAGCAUGUGCUUAAUUUUGCAAGGAUUGCAAAGGUGCCACCGGGAGUGAGUUAGGCAAUAUGCGCCGCUGGGAUAUGGUUUUCAACCGAAAGGCUUAUGGAAUAUAGCCUGAUUUUCCACAACCUGUAUGCCUUCUGGUCCAGCCCCGUGAAGAAGAAACUAAUACUGCUCAGCAUCAUGUUUUUAAUCUGGGUAUACAUGCUGUACUCCUGCGUGGGCUACUGUUCCACCAUGCCAAGUUUGGUCGUGGAGAGUUACCGGGGCAAGGAGACUGGUUCUGCGGUGGGCAAGAGGACAGAGAGCAGCAGGACGGACCUGGUGUCCAGACUGCUGGCCAAACCGCAGCCCUGGGAGGAUAUAGAGAGUGACUAUGAGGAGCCGUCCAUCAGGACCGCUGCGUCCAGAGACCUGCUCAAUAACGAGCUGGACUCUGACAGAGCCGAAGACUGGGACGAGAUGCACGGGGAGCACCAAAGAGCCCCGGAGCCCAGCGCCAUGUCCAGCUUCUCCAACGGCUCCGGGAGCAAGAAGCUGCCGCAGGCGAUCAUCAUCGGGGUGAAGAAAGGAGGGACCCGGGCUCUGCUGGAGUUUCUCCGGGUCCAUCCUGACAUCAGAGCCGUGGGAGCGGAGCCUCACUUCUUCGACCGCAACUAUGACAACGGGCUGGAGUGGUACAGGGAGUUGAUGCCCAAGACCCUGGAGGGCCAAAUCACAAUGGAGAAAACUCCCAGCUACUUUGUGACCAGGGAAGCUCCUGCCCGAAUCUCCGCCAUGUCCCGGGACACCAAGCUGAUCGUCGUAGUGAGGGACCCUGUCACUAGAGCUAUCUCCGACUACACACAGACACUGUCUAAGAAGCCUGACAUUCCCUCGUUUGAGAGCCUCACCUUUAAAAACAGGACUACAGGGCUCAUUGACACGUCAUGGAGCGCCAUCCAGAUUGGCAUCUACGCCAAGCACCUGGACAACUGGCUGCAGUACUUCCCCAUGGAGCAGAUCCUGUUUGUGAGCGGCGAGCGUUUGAUCAGCGACCCAGCUGGAGAGCUGGGCCGUGUGCAAGACUUUCUCGGGCUCAAGAGGAUCAUCACAGACAAACAUUUUUAUUUCAACCAGACCAAGGGAUUCCCGUGCCUGAAGAAAGCAGAAGGCAGCAGCAAGCCCCACUGCCUUGGAAAAACCAAAGGGCGAACCCAUCCAAACAUUAACCCUGAGGUGGUGCAGAGACUACGAGACUUCUACAGACCCUUCAACAUGAAGUUCUACCAGAUGACAGGACAUAACUUUGGCUGGGAUUGAUGUGAAAAUGACUUUUUUUUUUGGUUUAAUUUGUUGAGAAGUUGUCUUUUUUCCUCUGUAAUUCAAAGGCAAGAUGUGGAGAUAUUGCUAUAUAUAUGUAAAAUGUACAGAAAAUCUAUUUUAUAAUAAUUUAUUUUUAUUUCUAAGCAAUUAAUUCACUAAGCUGCCUAACCAUAUUUGUACAUAACAUCUG